AUCUUCUUCCACUUUUUUCCCCAGUUUUCUGAUAACUUUUCUCAGAUGAGAAGUUCCAAGUUACUUCUUCUCAAGUUCUUCUUCGUCUUCUUCAUUUUGACUUCGAUUGAGUUUCAAGUGGAUGGAGCAUUUGUUGGAACCUAUGGGAUAAAUUAUGGAAGGAUUGCGGAUAACAUACCGUCUCCGGAAAAAGUAGUUUUACUUCUAAAGCAAGCUAAAAUUCGAAAUGUGCGUAUAUACGAUGCAGAUCACACUGUCCUUGAAGCUUUUAGUGGAACUGGUUUAGACCUUGUGGUUGGACUUCCAAAUGGGUUUUUAAAAGAGAUGAGUUCGAAUGCUGAUCAUGCUUUCUCUUGGGUUAAAGAAAAUGUUCAGUCUUUCUUACCCAAGACUCGGAUUCGUGGAAUUGCGAUUGGGAAUGAAGUUCUUGGAGGCGGUGAUUCUGAGCUCGCGGGAGCUUUACUUGGUGCAGCGAAAAAUGUGUACAAUGCGUUGAAGAAAAUGAAUCUGGAGGACACGGUGCAGAUCACCACGGCUCAUUCACAGGCUGUGUUUUCUGAUUCAUACCCGCCAUCGUCUUGUGUGUUUAAAGAGAAUGUUGUUCAGUUCAUGAAGCCACUGUUGGAGUUUUUUCAGCAGAUUGACUCUCCUUUUUGUUUGAAUGCGUACCCUUUUUUGGCGUAUACUUAUAAUCCGAAGGAGAUUGAUAUCAACUAUGCUCUUUUCAAGCCAACUGAAGGCAUAUAUGACCCGAAAACUGAUCUACAUUAUGAUAACAUGCUUGAUGCUCAGAUCGAUGCUGCCUACAUGGCCCUGCAAGAUGCUGGGUUCAAGAAGAUGGAGGUUAUGAUCACUGAAACUGGGUGGGCUUCUAAAGGGGAUUCAGAUGAACCUGCAGCAACACCGGAGAACGCAAGAACCUAUAACUAUAACCUCAGGAAGAGGCUUGCAAAGAAGAAAGGGACACCUCUUAGACCAAAAACGGUGCUCAAAGCCUAUAUCUUUGCAUUGUUCAAUGAAAACUCAAAACCGGGCAAGAGUUCUGAGACACACUUUGGACUUUUUAAACCUGAUGGAACCAUAUCAUAUGACAUUGGAUUCAAUAGUCUGAAGUCUGAUGCUCCCAAGUCACUCAUUUCAUCAUCAAAGGUAUGAAUUCUGUGAUUAAGGAGGUCGUAGUAUACUUGUAAUGACCAUAUCCAUUAUGUAUGAUAUUUUGCUCGUUGAAUCUCAUUUCCGACUUUGUAGUUUGUAUUCAGACUCAGGGUAUGCAUAGUGACCAUCGGAUGUAUAAAUAUCUUCUGCGUUUUGUUUCAGGCAGCUUGUUACUAUGUGGCAUUGAUCAUCUCUGUCUCGGCUUUCCUCUUGAUGAUAUAAAUGUGGAAAUGGUGU